AUGCCUCCCAAGCGUAAAGGUGCCAUUGCCGGGUUUGCAGGGUCCUCUGCCGCCACCGCAAGCUCAAAACGCACCAAGCCCGCCGCCCCCGUCGACGAUGACAGCUCCGAUGACUACUCCACAGACUCUGCCAGCGAGAUUGAAGAUCUCGCCCCCCCUGAGGGUGCUGUGCGGACGAAGAAAGCGCUCGACAAGGCCACCGUCAACGCCGUCGUGAACCGCUUCACUCUCGACUCCCCCGCCGUGACGGCCGCCCCCGCAGUCCGCACCCGCGACUCGGUCUCCCACCUCUUCAACAAGCACGACUUCGCCUACCUACACAUGAAGCCCGACCACGCCUCGCGCCCGCUCUGGAUCAACCCCGAGAACGGCAUCAUCGUGCUCGAGUCCUUCUCGCCGCUCGCCGCAAAAGCGCAGGACUUCCUCACGACCAUCGCCGAGCCCAUGAGCCGGCCGACGUUCCUGCACGAGUACAAGCUCACGCCGCACUCGCUGUACGCCGCCGUCUCGGUCGGGCUGGACCCGCGCGACAUCAUCUCCGUCAUCGACCGCUUCAGCAAGAUCCCCGUCCCCGAGAAGAUCAUCCAGUUCAUCACAAACUGCACGGGCUCGUACGGGAAGGUCAAGCUGGUGCUGAAGGACAACCGCUACUUUGUCGAGUCGAACGAUCCGGCCAUGCUGCAGCGGCUGCUGCAGGACCCGAUUAUCGGCCCCGCGCGUAUCCAGGGUGGCGACGCCGGAUCGGGCGUCAUCAAGGAGUCGGCGCCAAAGAUGGGCGCGCUGGUUAUUCCCGGGACCAAGAACGCGGCGGGGACCGCGCAGCUGGGCGGCGCUGCGGCGGCCGCCGAGAAGAAGGCGGCGGCGACGGCCGCGGAGGAUGUGUUUGCGUCUGUGACGGGGCUGGGGGACAACGACCAGGACGACGAGGACGAGGACGAGGACGCGGUGCACAGCUUCGAGAUCCCGUCGGGCGAGGUGGAGAAGGUGCAGAAGCAGUGUCUUGACCUGGGCUACCCCGUGCUCGAGGAGUACGACUUCCGCAACGACCGCAAGAACUCCAACCUGGACAUUGACCUCAAGCCGCAGGCGCAGAUCCGGUCGUACCAGGAGAAGUCGCUCUCCAAGAUGUUUGGUAACGGGCGUGCCAAGAGCGGCAUCAUCGUGCUUCCCUGCGGCGCCGGGAAGACGCUCGUCGGCAUCACGGCCGCCUGCACCAUCAAGAAGUCGGUCGUGGUGCUGGCCACCUCGUCCAUGAGCGUUGUGCAGUGGCGCCAGGAGUUCAUCAAGUGGUCCAACAUCAACCCCGAGCAGAUCGCAAUCUUCACCUCCGACAACAAGGACAAGUUCCGCGGCGACGCCGGCAUCAUCGUCAGCACCUACUCCAUGGUCACCAACGGCCGCAACCGCUCGCACGACUCCAAGAAGAUGAUGGACUUCCUGCAGUCGCGCGAGUGGGGGCUGCUCAUCCUCGACGAAGUGCACGUUGUCCCCGCCUCCAUCUUCCGGCAGGUCGUCACCUCCAUUGCCACGCACUCCAAACUCGGCCUCACCGCAACGCUCCUCAGAGAAGACGACAAGAUCACGGAUCUCAACUUCCUCAUCGGGCCCAAGCUCUACGAAGCCAACUGGAUGGAACUCGCCGACCAGGGCCACAUCGCCAAGGUGCAAUGCGCCGAGGUCUGGUGCCCCAUGACGCCCGAGUUCUACAGCGAAUACCUGCGCGAGCCCGACCAGCGCAAAAAAGUCCUGCACUACAUCAUGAACCCGCGCAAGUUCCAAGCCGCCCAGUUCCUCAUCGACUACCACGAGAAGCGCGGCGACAAGAUCAUCGUCUUCUCCGACAACGUCUACGCGCUCAAAGCCUACGCCCUAAAACUCCAAAAGGCCUUCAUCUACGGCGAAACCCCGCAGUCCGAGCGCCUCAAGAUCCUCGAAAACUUCCAGCUCAACGACAAGGUAAACACAAUCUUCCUCUCCAAGAUCGGCGACACCUCGCUCGACCUGCCCGAGGCAACAUGCCUCAUCCAGAUCUCGUCGCACUACGGCUCGCGCCGCCAGGAGGCGCAGCGCCUGGGACGCAUCCUCAGAGCAAAGCGCAGGAACGACGAGGGCUUCAACGCCUUCUUCUACUCGCUCGUCAGCAAGGACACGCAGGAGAUGUUCUACUCGUCCAAGCGCCAGGCGUUCCUCGUGGACCAGGGGUAUGCGUUCAAGGUGAUCACGCACCUGAGCGGGAUCGAGAACCUGCCGGGGCUGGCGUACUCGACGCUGGCGGAGCGGAAGGAGCUGCUGGCGGAGGUGAUGCUGCAGAAUAGUGAUGCGGGCGCGGAGGAGGGGGAUGAUUUUGAUGGCGCCAAGAAUCUGUCGUAUAAUGCGAAUAUGAAGAAGAGGGGCGCCAAGUAUAAAAGGAGCAUGGGCAGGCUGGCGGGCGUGUCGGGAGGUGAUGGGAUGGCGUAUGUGGAGUAUAAUAAGAAGAUGCAGAUGCCGAAGCAGAGCCAUAGCUUUUUCAAGAAGAUGCAGAGGGAGAAUGAGAAGAAGAAGAAGGAGCAGAGGGAUUUGCUGAAGUAG